AUGGAGGAGAGCAAGCUUUUUUGUCUCGAUGGAUCGUUGUGGGAUCAGACCAGCUCUGGACAAGGAAGGCAGCGGGUGCUCUACUGCAGGGAAUGCUUCAAUGAGCAGUGGCAUUUCAUCAAGGAGAGAGUGUGUGAGGCCGGGCGUCUGGGUUGGAUCCUAGGCCCUCCAGGGACGGGGAAGUCGACGACGACCAUGUCCUUUAUACAAUCGCUGAGCAUGGAGGAGGGAUGGAUGGUGAUGUGUGUGCGGCUGUUGAAGUGGAGUUCAAUUCAAGUGCUACAAGUUGAUGAUGGAGUUUUGAGAAUUGCUGACUUGCCACGCAAUGGUGCAGAAGAGAUGCUGAGAAGGGUCCUCAGAGAAUGGUCCCAGAGCAACAAGAAGUAUCUUGUGUCCUUGGACGGUUACCAAGAGGAUGUACAUGAUCUGGUGCUCAGUGAAUGCAUAUACUGGCUUCACAAGGAUCAGGAAAACCGGCGGGUUGUGAUCACGACGUCGAUGAGUUCUCGAGUAAAGAAAAAAAUUGAGCUCGAUAGAAUGGAGAAGGUAGAGGAGCUGAUGGUGUACUCGUGGACACUGGAGGAGUACCUGGAGGCCAUUAAGUACGAGAUGUUCUACAAGAGUGUGGCUAGUGUAAUGGAAUGGAGCUUGGAUGCGGAAGAAGCCUCGGAGGAGACAAGGUCAAGAGUUGUCGAGUCAAAGUAUCAGAUUGUUGGAGGCUCAUGCCGCCAUAUGUUCGAAUGUACGACAGAUCAAGCUAUCCAAGAACUCUGUGCAGCGAUGAACUCUGUCUCUCAUUUCAGGACGCUCUUUGAAAUGAAUGUGGGCGACCUUUCAAAGCAGUUUGUCAAUCGGCUGCAUGGGAAGUAUCGAAUCGGAAACCAGGUGUACCGGACUUUUAUCAGUAGGUUUGUUGCCAGGGAGCUAGCAGAGAAGCUCGGAGAAUCGUUUGUGAGCAAGAUUGAGCAUCUCCAUGGCAUGACUGAGAAUCCGUUUCUUCGGAGGAUUUGGUUUGAGAUGCUGUUCUUUGCUCGGAUAGGACGAGAGCCAGGGCUGCAGGUCACCCUCAGGUCAGAGAAUCAAGCCGAGUCAGAGAAGCACGACGACUGGCAAAGGUGUAGCGUAAUACCUCUUGAAGCAAGGGAAGUACAGAAGGCUCUGAAGCAAGGGCCAGCAAGGUUGUGCCUGAAGCCGUUGAAUUGGAAUCAGGGUGGCUAUGAUGCUGUGAUUGUGGACUCGAAUGACAAUUUGGUGCAUUUCAUACAGGUAACCAUUGCGGAGACGCGUGACCUCAAAUUGCGAUUCAUGUAUGAUUGCCUGCAAUCUUUGGGCAUUGAGCAAGGGGGGACCUGGAAGGUGGAGGUUGUGUUUGUCGUUCCAAAGGCGAAUCUCUACAAGUUCAGAUUGAAUUGUGUGGAAGACGAAUUGAUACUUACACAGUACGGGUGGACAACAACAGACGCUCAUGUAGUUGCAAUGAACUCCAGACCGCAAGGAUAG